AUGAAGACAUAUAUGGAUAGCGAUGAGUAUAAAAAAGAAGUUGAAGCAAAUGUAAAGGCAGAAAAACUUUUACAGUUGCAAAACCAAACCGUACAGUAUAAAAACUUAGCACAAGAAAGUAAAAAUAACGACGCAGCCAUGCAAAAGGCAAUGAAAAGCGCAGAUAUUAUAAAAGCUAAUAAUGACUGGUUAGAUGCCCAAGCCAACGCUAAAGCAGCCCAACUUAUAGGGUCAAUAAGGACAAAAAUACAAGCGGAUGAAGACAGUUCAAAUGAAGCUUUAAUGAAUACUGACUUUAAGAAUGCCUUCGAAGCUCUUCAUAGUAAGGUGAAACUAGUGAACGACUUCUCAUCUGGAAAGAAACUGAAGUCUGAAGGUUUCGACAAAGAGUUAAGAGAAGUAGCACAAAAUAUGACGAAAAUAACAGAUGCAGCAACGAGACAGGCAGUUCAAAGUGCCUAUGACGCCGUUAGAGCAGCUGUUGUGGAAAGUCAAGAAAAAGAGUUACAACAGACCAAAACAGACCUAGUAAAUGCUUUCUUAAAAAUGAAAAGUCAGGUAGGACAUUAUGCUGCAGAUGGAACAUAUGUGCCAGCUGGUGGAACUUAUAUACCACCAAACCCUCCAAGAGAAGCACCUGCACCAGGACUACCUAAAACAUUUACAUCGUCACAUGGACACAGACACAGGCAUGCACCACAACAACAACCAACACAACAACCAACAGUUCAAAAUCCAGCACAGCAACCAACAGUUCAAAACCCUGCACAGCAACCACAAACAGAGCAAAGACACAAAAGAAGUAGAGAAAAAGGAAACCAAGAAUUCUUAAAAAUGCUUAAGGAAGAUUAUGGUUACUCAGAUACUCUUGACUUUAGUGACAAAUAUAAAGAAGCUAUUAGAAAGUUCAAGGAAGGAAAUACUGACCCGAACCUAUUUAGCUUUAUGGUUCAGCAUAAAAUCGGAUAUAAUCUCAAACCUGGAAAAUACAAGCUCGCAAAGGGAUAUGAUUUAAUAGCAUAUCAUCCAAAUGACAUGAAUGAAUUUACUCCGAGAUAUUUGAUGUCAGAGCUAAAUGAUAAUUCAACUCUCUUCAUGAAACGCGUAAAAAAUAGAGACGGAACGAAAGAAGAAAGGUUUAUGAGUCCGGAUGACUUAGAUAGGGAACUUGUUAAAAACGGUCUCAGAAUAUAUGAAAUGCCACCAGAUGAGGUACAAGAAACUCCACAGGAAGAAGUUCAGAUACAACCAGACAUGAAAGAAAUAGUUCAGCAACAACAGCUAGAAGAGCCUGAAGGAAACGAACAAGUCCCUCCUUUGGAAACUAACUUCACAGAACUAGAUGAAGAUUUGGAACAGCCGAAAAAUCUUGA